UUUGUAGAAAGUCAUCAUCAUAAUUUUGCCACGACCUCUUUUCCUAUGUUUCACCACCCGGGUGGCCUCAGUGACCAUUUAUAGUUCUGCAGUGCAUCCUCCCGCGUGCACGCAGUACUCACUCUAUCCCUCUUUUCUAAUUUCCAUUCUCCCUCUCCCUUACCCCUAGAGUAGGGUAGUAAACCUGACGCUUGUCUGGUUUACCUCCUUGCCUUUCCUCUCCUUGCUUUCUCACUCUCUUUCUACCACCCCUUCUUGACCAAUCCCCCAUUAAUGGUAUGUGCCAAUGUCUGUAAUCAUCAUUAACAUCAAAAUCAUCAUCAUCACCACCACCACCACCAUCAGACCACAGGAAGGGGAAGAAGAAUAGCAUGCUGCCCGCUGUGCCCAAUGUAGCCGUAUGGACUACAGGGGCGUUUCCGCCUGUCCUUGACCGCCACUGGUCCACGGGGACCCUGUCGCUGUCCAUCGGAAACGUCUGCCACCCGAAGUGUCUUGCAUAGUCCAGGCCUCUCUGAUGAGAGAGCUGCAGACAUGGCAGAAGUGCAGAGCACCUGCGAGGUCACGUCGGGGGCUGGAGAAGCCAUCUUAGGGGUAAAGGACGCACUGCCCGGAAAGGCGCUGGGCGGAGAUGGUUCGACCACGUGCGUUGACGAGCUGCAAACCUUCGAAACGCGGCGACUGGAUGGGACGUCGCUGGAAGUCGUGAGCGGCUGCACAUCAUCAGGCUUCAAUACGCAAACCGAUGCGUCUGAAUUGCCAUCAGAGGGCAGGAGAGGCAGCGCCGUGCCGAAGUCGAGCAGCCGCUCCGUGCCAAAGAAGAGCUGUCGCAGCGGGACGUUCUUCCUCGGUGGCGAUGCCGGCAUGCCGACCGCUUCGCCAACCAAGUCCCUCGAGCGCCGCCCGGCUUUGUUUCGGAGCCCAGCGGCAGAGUCGCUGGGCGACUCCAGCGAGCGCUUGCGCGGCGGGCGAGACGGGGGCCCCGUGGCGCACGAUGCACGUACUGGAUGCGCCACGAACCUGAAGCUUCUGGCCGAGAACCUCGUCAACGAGACCGCGCAGCACGGAGGAACGUCACCUCGGUCAUGUUCACUAGCUCCGAGCGAAGGGCCAAGUCACGAAUAUCCCGAAAUCCAGCCACUAACACCCGAAGAACCUGCGGACGUAGCGAGCGUGACCCGAUUGGCGUCACACAUCUCCGAAGAUGGUGGUGGAACAAACCUUUACGAGCCGCCAGCAGAUUUGACUGAAGCGCCUUCCACUGGCGCCUUCGCUCCGUGCCCUACAGAUUCAGCGUCGGCGUACGAGAUCGACACGGCAGCCAACGAACCACCCUUGGAGGCGGUUGUGGUGCAACCUGCUCCUCGCGCUCCAAGCAAGUCUACUGCGCAGGUUCUCAGAGUUGAAGUCCAGGAAGCACCCGUCCGGCCCGAGCACUUCUCUGGCUCUGAAGCUCCCAUGGCCGCAUCCACACUGCCCCUCAACUCAGAGGUGCCUCGAAACAACAGGCCACCACAACCUCUACGGCACCCACGACCACAUGCUAUGCCACCCAUUGCGGCACCGCUUUGUACCCGAUGGUGCUGCGCUAAGAUCAGCAUGAUAUCCAUGGCGAUUAUGUCUCUCUUCGCUGCCUUCAUGAUCUACGCAUUCAGGGAAGAUACUUUCGUGGAUUUAGUAAACUGGGCGGCAACGUGGAAUACUUCCAGCAUCAGAGCAAGGUUUGUAGCAACGCAGGCUCUCAUUCCGGAGGCAGAAAACAUCACGGAAUUCGGGAUUCUCAAGCGGAACGUGCCUUGAAGGCGCGGUGCUUACUGCCUGGCGUAAGGAUCCAUCAAGGUUGAAAUAAAAGGAUGACCUUUGUUUUCAUGCCACACACUUUCA